CGUGAGGGGUGAGUGGUGAGCAGCACUAGACUUUUGACCAUCAAGGCAGGCCGCGGCCUGCUCGUCGCCGUAGACGCUUGGUCGACCGGUUGCUUGGAUUGGAUUGCGGACUUGUGUGGGGGAGAGAGAGAGAGAGAGAGGCAACAAUAACGAAUAAACAUCAUUCAUUAUAUAUGCGAACCCGCGAUAAAGCUUCGCGAGGAGGAGUAGGGGAAGUUCGAAAAAACUCACUCGCCUCCUGAGAUCGCGCGAGGGUGAGGAAAAUUGCUCGCGAAACAAAACGAGACUGUCGCGUUUUUUUCGGAAAUUGCAAUUUAUUAAAAAGAAGAAUUAAAUUGGAGAGGCUUCAGUAGUGUGCAUCGUGGCCACUGGCCACUGGGACGAUGGCGCCCUGGAUGAAGUUUAUGGACGGAUUUUUAUCGCCUUUCCCAAAACCGAACGAACGAGUCGCGAGAAUCGCGAACCGGACCAAGUGGAUGAUGUUGCUGAUGGUGAUGUUGAUGGGAAAUUUGAAAAAUGAACGACAUGUUUAACAGCGAACACCACGAGGAGAGCGUACUAAACUCCCCCGACGAUACGGGGUUGACUAAUCAUCAAAAAGCAGCGCUAGUAGGAGCAUGGAGCUUAGUGAAGCAGGACAUGGUUUCGCAUGGAGUUAAUGUAUUUAUAAGACUUUUCGAGGAACAUCCCAAGUAUUUGGAAUAUUUCGAUUUUUCCCAAGAUGAUUCAGCAGAAGAAUUAAGAGAAAACAAAUCGCUGCACGCUCAUGCACUGAAUGUGAUGCAUUUGAUUGGUGCCCUAAUUGACUAUGGAUUGGAUAAUCCUCUCAUGUUCAAGUGUAGUUUGUCCAAAAUGAUGAAAAAUCAUAAAAAGCAUGGCGUCAAUAAGGAAGAUGUUACAAUUGUCUGUGGCAUAAUCAUGGAAUAUUGCCUGGAAGCACUGGAUCAACGUGGCUCUACAACUCUCGAAGAAGCUUUUUCAUCUUUUAUGAAGAGUAUUGCUGAUACUUUUGAUGAAUAGGUAAAGCUCUGUAUGUUAAUCUUCAAAACGAAGCCCAGCAAAUUGUAUGGUCCAAUAAAAUCAAGAAAAAUAAA